AUGACAGAAUACAGUAUACGGCACGGAGUUACAUUUCAUCAGCUCUGUCUCGCCGCUAUUUCACUAUGCCUGCGUGAGAAUAGACCCUCACAUCAACCAGUGGUAUUGGGGGCGCCGUUUCUCAACCGAGGAUUGGAUGAUCAUGAUGUAGUUGGCCUGUUUCUGGAGCCUUUACCUGUCCUCGUCAAUGCUCCUGCUGGUGGAACAGGAAUCACCUAUUUACGCGAUACACAACAAUCCAGCCGAGAUUCUCUCUCCCACACGAUCCCAUGGCAUGCUUUGUUGGAUCAUUUUAGCGUUCAUCCAGACCACCCUAACAUCCCUUUUAUUGAGGCGGUAGUGACAUUUCAUGAUUAUCGAGUAAACCAUGGUCUCGGCGUUCCCGGGAUAGCACCACUGAUGACAUGGUGUCAGGGCGCAAAGUUCAACUUGAUGAUGGAAUUUUGUGCUCGGAAAGAUGGUUCCCUGUUCUUACGCAUUGAAUAUGACGAUGCGAACUACGAAGCAAUGAAAAUCGAUAAGGUUCAGCAUUCUAUCAUGUUGGUGCUCAUGGGAUUGACACGUGGUUUGGAUCUUGCGGAUAUCCACACAGACCUUGAUAAUAUGUCCGAAGUUCCACCAUAUACUAGUGAUCAGUAUUUUGCCAUGCGAAGUGUUGAUGUUUAG